AUGGAUGUUUUCAUGAAAGGAUUGUCUAAAGCGAAGGAAGGAGUAGCUGCUGCAGCCGAGAAAACCAAGCAGGGAGUCGCAGAAGCGGCAGAGAAGACUAAAGAGGGAGUGCUAUAUGUUGGCUCCAAAACCAAAGAAGGUGUUUCAAGUGUUGUCUCCGUGGCUGAGAAGACAAAGGAGCAGGCUUCUUUGGUUGGCGGUGCUGUUAUGACUGGUGUCUCAGCUGUGGCCCAGAAGACAGUGGAUGGAGCUGGGAAUAUCGCAGCAGCCACUGGCCUGGUGAAAAAGGAAGACUUCCCGCCUGAAGAACUAAAGCCUGAAGAGGUUGGGGAAGAAGCUAUUGAAAUCAUGGGAGAAAAUACAAUGGAAACAGAAGGUGAAGUUGAACCUGAAACUUAUGAAGAGGCUCCACAGGUAAGACAGUCAGAUACUCAGUUGCAGGUGACUAAUGUAGAUAUGUUUGAGAAGUUGUUGCACCGAAUCUAUCAGCAAUGA